UCCGGCAUGUGUUCUUUGGGAGCGACACGAGUCCAGGGCUCCAGAGCUUGGCGGCCGUCACCGAGUGGAGUGCCACCCUUUCCCGUGACUCGCCACGCACGCAACAAAAGCCGCCCACCUCAGUUGCAGCCCAGAAGGCAGAAAAGCUCGGAAAAGCUAAUAAAAAGGACGCGCCGAAUCCGACGCCAUACUCCACAGAAACCAUAUCGGACGCCAUUCCCACCCGGCGGCACCCUGCUCCUCUCUCUGCUAGUCUGCUCCUUGCGCUGCGUGAGACUCCUGUGACGGCCGCUAGCUAUCUCUGUCUCCACAAAUGGGCUCAGCAUCAGAUGACAACAGCAGCAGGGAGCAUCUGCUGGACGUGGACGGCCUCGCCGGCGGCAACGGCGGUGUCGGGCCGAAGAUACGGGUGCGCGGGCUGCGGCGGCGGUCGGAGGCGAGCGGGGAGGAGAUCCUGCGCGGGGUGGACCUGGACGUGCCGCGCGGGGUGGUCAUGGGCGUCAUCGGGCCCAGCGGCAGCGGCAAGUCCACGCUGCUCCGCGCGCUCAACCGCCUCUGGGAGCCCGCGCCGGGCGCCGUCUCCCUCGACGGCGCCGACAUCUGCGGCAUCGACGUCCUCGCGCUCCGCCGCAAGGUCGGCAUGCUCUUCCAGCUCCCCGCCAUGUUCGACGGAACCGUGGCAGACAAUGUACGAUACGGGCCGCAGCUGCUCGGCAAGAAGCUGACCGACGCAGAAGUGAAGAACCUACUGAGCCUGUCCGACCUCGACCCCGCCCUGUCCUCCAAGCUGGCGUCAGAGCUCUCAGUCGGCCAGGGGCAGCGCGUCGCCUUGGCCCGCACCCUCGCCAACGACCCAGAAGUGCUCCUGCUGGAUGAGCCGACGAGCGCGCUGGACCCGAUAUCGACUCAGAACAUCGAGGAGGCGAUCGUGCGGCUGAAGAAGACGAGGGGGCUCACCACGGUGAUGGUGUCGCACAGCGUGAAGCAGAUCCAGCGGAUCGCGGACCUGGUGUGCCUCGUGGUCGACGGCGAGGUCGUGGAGGUGCUCGCCCCGUCCGAGCUGUCUGCGGCCAAGCAUCCCAUGGCCCGGCGCUUCCUGGAGCUCAGCUGAAUUAAUGUCGAUCGUCGACGACGCCGAGGACGUUGUCGAGUGAGGAUCGACCUUUGCUUUUGCUUGAUUCGAGCAUGUAACCGUGAACUCGAUAUUCGGCGAAUGCUGUGUGAGGUACAGUACUGCGGUUCGGUGGGAAAUUUGAUCACGAGCUGAUUGAAAUGGAUCGAAUGGUCGAUGCUUCUGCGUGCAUAAGUGCAUGACUGUAACCGAACUUUUGGUACCUCGACGUGUUUGUAAACAUUUUUUCUCGAACAUGAAUUGUCCGUGAAUAAAGGCUCAUGAACGUAUUUGCUAUUU